UAGCAGUGGAGUCUGGAGAGCCUGGUGGGUUGGGAGCUGGUGUGGAGGCUUGGAAAGCCCAGGUACGGUUUCAGGUCUCAGGCUUGGAUUACUCAAACAAACACUCCCCCUCUCAGUCUGUAUAGCCGUUGAACCUCCUUCCUCUUCAAAUCCAAAACAUCCAAGGGGCAAGCUGGGGGUUAUAUCUUCGUAUUUGUCAUUAAAAUAAUCUCAAAGAGAGAAUGGGAACUAGGGUUCCGGUGCAGCACUACAAUCUUAGAUCAACGAAUUCCUUCAUCGGAAGCCCUUUGCAUGACCUCAACACCGUCGACGCUCGCCCCGCCGACAUCGAAGCCAUCAGUGACGUCGAUCGCGACGCCGUCACUGACGACAGCAUGGACAACGACGACGAUUCCAAUGCCGUUGACCUCAUGCACGAUUCCUAUAGGACUUCUUUACCGCUUCACAGUGUAGGAGUUGAAGAAGAUCGCUCUAGCCUUGAGAACAAUAGACCUGCAAGGGGUUCCUAUGAUAUCUUGACAAUUGAGGAUGUUUCGCCUAUUGAAUCAGCAAGGGCAAGAUUUCUACAAAUUAUUGUGGAUCAUUUUAUUCAUGAUCAUGUGAUUGAAGUGGCUGAUUCCGAGGCUGACUAUACUGCUCAGUCUGGACAAGAUAAACUGAAUAAAAGGAAGACGAGAGAGGUCCAGUAUGAAGGCGACCCAAGGUUCGCUUUACCCUUGAUGUAUGUGGCAAAUUUGUAUGAAACUUUAGUUAAUGACGUAAAUAAUAGGCUUGCUUCCUUGAAUGGUAUUCGUGAGAAGACCAUUGCUGUAGCCCUUGAGGCAGCUGGUGGUUUGUAUAGAAGGCUGGCUAAGAAAUUUCCUAAGAGAGCAGGACCAUAUACUUUCAGAAGGAGAGAAUUGGCAACUUCUCUGGAAACUAGGACAAGAUUUCCAGAAUUAGUGAUACAAGAAGAAAAGCGAGUUCGGUUCGUGGUAGUCAAUGGUUUGGAUAUUGUUGAAAAACCAAAUAGCAUGCCAAUUGAUGAUGCCGAGUGGUUUAAACGAUUGACUGGUCGAAAUGAAGUAGCUGUCUCUGCUCGAGACUAUAAGUUCUACUCUCCAAGACACAAGUAUAGGCGUGUUGCAUCAAACUUAGUCUCCAACAUCCCUUGUUUGCCUACGUUUCCUGUUACGGACAAUUCUUGUCCAUUGGCUACUGCUCAAGAUUUCCACUCUGUAAGUGAACCACAAAAUCAGCAGCAGACUGUUUGCAAGCAUCCUAUGCAAUCACUUUCUCAUCAACCCCAGUUUCACUCAAUUCACCAGAAUCAUCAUCAACCCAUGCACCACGCAUCCCACUAUGCUCACAAUCAUCAAUGUGCUCCACCUUCUCACUUACCUGCAAUUUCUCAUGCUCAUCAACCAACCAUAUCACAACAGAUGGCUUGCCUACAACCUCUCACGGGUGUCCAUGCUGGAGGGCGCUUGCAUGUACUGCCAUCCAGCCCAGCAAAGUUUUGUGACGAAUGUGGGGCCCCGUACUUGAGAGACACUUCUAAGUUCUGCUCAGAAUGCGGUGUUAAAAGGCUAGGAACAUGAUAUGGCCUCCAAACCCUUUAUUUUUUUGUUUAAUUGUAUAUAUAUUGUUUUUUAAAAUAUUGGAGUAUAGAAUGGUUUUGGUUUUACGAUUUUGUAUCUACACCUUGAAAAAUAUUAUUCAGCCAUGGAAAGAACAUUCGAAUCUGUUGCAUAGAGA